UUCGCCGUUUCUCCGACCGUCCGUCUCUCCUUCAUCCUCUCCCGUGCUUGUCUUCUUCAUCUCUCUUUCAUCCUCUCCUUGCUUCCAAUUGAGAUCUUUAAGGUCUGCUCAUGAUGUUUGGUCUCUAACGGGAAACUAAAGCAUCUCCGGCUGGCGGAUGGCAUAUAUCCUCAGCUCCGAUCCUCCUUCACUUUAAUUAAAGAAUGACCACCAUGUGACAGAUAAGCGGAGUAGCUCUCCGGUUCACUCAAGCUCUCCUUUCCCUCCUCUCGUUUCUUUCAAUGUUCAUAGCUCCCAAUUUCGCCCGGGUUACCGCCUUCCGCUACUUGCUGAAGUCGCAAUGCGUUCAACUUGUCUGGAGCGUCAUCGUCGCGGGCAUCGACUUUAAGACGGCUGUGUUCGGGGGACCACAACGCCCGCCUUCCCCGUUCCGUCUCACCGUCACCUGUCUGCUCGACUGGUGCACAAGCUGGUUUUCACUGGGAACUCUGUGCGCGGCGGCAGCGGCGGCGUCCUGGCUACGGGGAACCCCAAUGUGGGAGGAAGCUAGUGUGUCGUUUACAACAAUGGUCCCAGUUUCUCUUCUCUUUGGUCUUCUUGCUUGGUGUUUACAAGCGUUUUUCACUGUGAUCAUGUUUAUGUAUAUGGAAUCAGCGUUUAGGAGAGGUCCUAUUUAAUUCAAUUUCAUUUGCACUUGUUAACUGUUUGUGUGCGCACGCAUCUAUCCUAGAUUCCUAGCUAAUGCCUUGUUGGAAAGUUGGCUGUGUGAUGAUUGUUGGCUAUUUGGGUAUGUUGUUUUGGAUGGCUCUUUAAUUUAGAUUAUUAUUUUAGUGUCUUAUUUUUAUGUGAUUGGCUUUACUUAGAUUAGACAAGAAUUUGAAUAGACGUUGUCUAAAGAG